CCACCAGCAAAAGCAAGAAAAAUGGCGCGAAAGCCUCGCUCUUCGCCUACGAUUUCUCCGGCUAGUUUACGCCUCAUUUUUUUUCUGCUACUCUUUUUUGUCUCCCACUCUUACGCCGCCGGCCACAGCUACGGCGACGCCCUUCGGAAGAGUAUUCUCUUCUUCGAGGGCCAACGCUCCGGCAAGCUCCCCCCAGACCAGCGCCUCAAAUGGCGCAGGGACUCGGCAUUGCACGACGGAGCCACAGCCGGGGUGGACCUAACUGGCGGCUACUACGACGCCGGCGACAACAUAAAGUUCGGCUUUCCAAUGGCUUUUACGACGACGCUGCUCUCGUGGAGCAUCAUCGACUUCGGGAAGACAAUGGGACCAGAGCUGAAGAACGCCGUUAGCGCAGUGAAAUGGGCCACCGACUAUCUGUUAAAAGCGACGGCGGUUCCCGGCACCGUUUAUGUUCAGGUGGGCGACCCUCUGUCCGAUCACAACUGCUGGGAGAGGCCUGAGGACAUGGACACCUUACGAACCGUGUAUAAGAUCGACCGGGCCCACCCGGGGUCUGACGUGGCAGGCGAAACAGCCGCUGCUUUAGCCGCUGCCUCCAUAGUCUUUAGAUCUCGCGAUCCAGCGUACUCUCGCCUCCUGCUCAGUCGAGCCAUUGAGGUGUUCGAGUUUGCUGACGGGUACCGGGGAGCUUACAGCGCCAGUCUGCGCAAAGCGGUGUGCCCUUUUUACUGUGACGUGAAUGGGUAUCAGGACGAGUUGCUGUGGGGAGCGGCGUGGCUGCACAAAGCGUCGAGGAGGCGGGAGUACCGAGAAUACAUACUAAGGAACGAGGUGGUGUUGAGGGCUGGGGAUACCAUAAAUGAGUUUGGAUGGGAUAACAAGCACGCUGGGAUUAACGUACUCAUUUCAAAGGAAGUAUUGAUGGGGAAGGCAGACUAUUUCAACUCCUUCAUGCUCAAUGCCGAUGGUUUCAUAUGCUCCGUAGUGCCUGGAAUUUCUCAUCCUAAAGUUCAGUAUUCACCAGGGGGUUUGAUAUUUAAGGCUGGCGGAAGUAACAUGCAGCACGUGACGUCCCUAUCUUUUCUACUUCUCUCCUAUUCCAAUUAUCUAAGUCACUCCAAUAAGGUCGUGCCAUGUGGCGAAAAAUCCGUUUCCCCACUCCUGCUCAGAGAACUGGCCAAACGCCAGGUGGACUACAUUCUGGGGGACAAUCCGCUGCAGAUGUCGUACAUGGUUGGCUACGGUGGGCGUUACCCGCAGAGGAUCCACCACCGGGGGAGCUCGCUGCCGUCAGUGGCGGUCCACCCGGCCCACAUAGGAUGCAAAGCGGGGUCGAAGUAUUUCCGGAGCCCGGAGGCGAACCCGAAUUUGCUGGUGGGUGCAGUGGUGGGUGGGCCCAACAUAUCGGACAAAUUCCCGGACUCGAGGCCCUUCUUCCAAGAGUCGGAGCCCACGACGUACAUAAACGCACCUUUGGUGGGCCUGCUGGCAUUCUUUUCAGCCAACCCUUGAUUUCAGGAUGCCUUUUUUAAGGAAAAACAAAAGGCCAAGGUCAAUCUGGUGGUGCGCAAAGGUCACCCUGGCUGCAAUUAUUAAUGUACGGUUAUUCCAAAAGAAAAGGUUUUUUUUUUUUUUUUGAAAAGAACCGGGUUAACGUCUAAUGGCACAGAUAAAGAGAGUGUAUCAGAGAAUAUUACGCGGCCUUAAUGGCACAGAUAAAGAGAGGAGAGUGCAUCGGAUGGCCUUUCUCCAAUGGGUGUAAGUUACGCAUAUAAAAAUUUCAGUUCUACUAAUUAUUAACACGAUAAGCAUGAUUACAAAU